GCCCUGAGGGGCCGCCCCCGCCAUGCCCGCGCGCAGGCGCGGCGCGGGGACAAGAUGGCGGCGGCCGCGCUGGGCUGGGCGCUGAGGGCGGCUCGGCAGGUUCUCCCCUCUCCCUGCCCGGGGCAGGUGCGGAGCUACUACGUGGACUGGAGGAUGCUGCGGGAUGUCAAGAGGAGGCGGCUGGCCUACGAGUACGCUGAUGAGAGGCUGCGGAUCAACGCCAUCCGCAAGAACACCAUCCUUCCCAAGGAGCUGCAGGAAGUGGCCGACAAGGAGAUCGCGGCCCUGCCCCGGGACAGCUGCCCCUCGAGGAUCCACAACAGGUGUGUCCUGACAUCCCGCCCCCGGGGCGUGAGGCGGCGCUGGAGGCUCAGCAGAAUCGUUUUCCGCCACUUUGCUGACCACGCUCAGGUGUCUGGGGUGCAGAGGGCCAUGUGGUGAUCACCAGGGGAUGUUCAUUCGGGCAGGAAACACAAACCGGGCUCACUUGUGCACGUGAGCAAUUAAAGCAAGACUGUCCUGCCUCAGAGUCCAGCAGCAAUGUCAAAUAAAUAAAAUGAGAAGUUGUGCUGAUUCAUUCACCUCACUGGAGUGCAGUUGGUAGCAGCUGACAAGCAGCACAACUGCACUAAAUCAGUCCGUGUGAGAGGCAGUUUGAUUCUGAGGAAAUUCCCUACUGGAUGGUUGCAGGUAUGGGCAGUGUUAGAAAUAAAGACAUACAGCACAAGGCUUAUUUAAGUUGUUUUUUUUUUUUUUGCCACCGUACGGUAAGUUCACGGUAAUUUGGGUAAAAGCAUAAAUGAAACUGCACAACAAGGGCAUAGUGGUAUUCUGCCACAAACAAGGGUGAGCACAGACUGGGAAUAAAACAUGGCCUCAGGUUUAGAUACUCUUGCUAUGCAAUAUAUAUUUAUAUUGACAACCAGACAAAGUGGCUAAAGGACCUGUUAGAAACUACAACGUGCUACUAUUUCUCUCCUGUCUGUAGUGCAGCACUUGGUCCAGUGCUUCAUGAACAAGG